AUGUUUUGUAGAGAGUCUUCCUCGAGUCUCCAGACUUUAAACAUAGCAAAGAGUGUAAACUCUCUAUUCCCUAAUCCAUCAGCACUCAUCAAGCCCAUUUCGGUAGGAGGUCGAGACAAGCUGUGUCGUCGUCGUCGUCAAAACCUCGGAGGACGAUGUAAGGUCACGAGCUCACAGUCUAAUAUCGACCAGAAAGCUAAAAUAGUGAAAGAAAAAGUCAAGAAAAUAAAAGUAAAAGGAUACAUAACGGCCAAAGAAGGGACGUUGCUGGAGGGCCUAGGUUGGACGAGACCUCUCGAUGACAUUACCGAUAUCCGCGGCAGAUCGCUCCUCGUCGAGCUUAUAAGCACCAAGACUGACACUCACACGCUGAUGGAGAAGGAUCCGGUCGAAGACUACGCACAACGUGUAUGGUUCGAGGCCCCGGAUGAGAAGUACGAGUGUGUCUUUGACAUGCCCGAAGACUUUGGAACCGUGGGGGCCAUUAGGGUUCAAAACCAGCACCAUAAAGAGAUGUUCAUCAAGGAGAUGGAGCUAGAGUUACCUAGCGGCUCGGUGACGUUUACAUGUAACUCAUGGGUGACACCAAAGUCGGAUCCAGCCAAGCGAAUAUUCUUCUCCAACAAGUCCUACUUGCCUAACGAAACACCAGGGCCUCUUAAAAAGCUACGAAAGCAAGAGUUGGAGACCUUGCAAGGCAAGAACCGUGAGCGAGAUGGUGAAUUCACCAAGUACGAGCGUGUUUACGACUAUGACGUUUACAACGAUGUUGGUGACCCUGACAGAGAUGUGGAACUUGCACGUCCUGUUAUUGGAGGUCUCUCUCAUCCGUAUCCAAGACGCUGCAAGACUGGUCGUAAACUCUGCGAUAAGGAUCCUUCCUCAGAGAAACGCUAUGGAGAGUUCUAUGUUCCAAGAGACGAGGAGUUCUCUACAGAUAAGGGAAAUAGUUUCACUAGCAAGGCCAUCUUGGCAGCUCUUCCUUCUGUUUUCCCACAGAUUGAGUGUGCUCUUCUUGAUCCUAGGUCACCCUUUCCACACUUCAAGUCCAUAGAAGAUCUCUUUGAAGUAGGCAUCCAGCUUCCUAAAGAUGCUGGCCUUUUACCUAUGAUCCCUAGACUUAUCAAAGCUGUUGCUGAAGCUCAAGAUGAUCUUCUCCAGUUUGAUCCUCCUGUUCUCCUUAACAAGGAUAGAUUUUCAUGGAUCCGAGAUGACGAGUUCGCUCGCCAGACACUUGCAGGCCUUAAUCCCUAUUCCAUUCAACUAGUUGAAGAGUGGCCGUUGAAAAGUGAACUAGACCCUGCGGUUUAUGGUGAUCCCAACUCACUCAUCACUUGGGAAAUUGUUGAAAAAGAAAUCAGAGGAGUCAUGUCAGUUGAUGAGGCUCUAAAGAAUAAAAGAUUAUUCAUGUUGGACUAUCACGAUUUGCUUCUACCGUAUGUGAACAAAGUGAGAGAGUUGGAUGAUACCACCUUAUAUGCAUCUCGAACACUAUUCUUCCUCAGCGAUGAUAGCACAUUGAGACCUGUUGCCAUUGAGUUGACUCGCCCUCCAGAUGUCAACAGGCCCCAAUGGAAGCAGGUCUUCACACCAGGCUAUGAUGCUACCUCCUGCUGGCUAUGGAAGCUUGCUAAGACUCACGCUGUUGCUCAUGACGCUGGUUAUCACCAGCUUAUUUCCCACUGGCUGAGGACUCAUUGCUGUACGGAGCUAUACAUAAUAGCUGCAAACAGACAACUAAGUGCCAUGCAUCCCAUCUAUAGGCUUUUGCAUCCCCACUUCCGUUACACCAUGGAGAUCAACGCUCGUGCACGCCAAAGUCUCAUCAACGCAGGUGGAAUCAUUGAGUCUUGUUUUUGGCCUGGCAAGUAUUCAGUAGAGCUAAGUUCAGACGUCUAUGGUAAACUGUGGAGGUUCGACAAGGAAGGCUUACCUGCAGACCUCAUUAGAAGAGGGCUGGCUGUGGAAGAUGAGACUGCAGAACAUAGAGUACGACUAACGAUACCAGAUUACCCAUUUGCAAAUGAUGGUCUAAUGCUAUGGGAUGCACUAAAAGAAUGGAUAACAGACUAUGUGAACCACUAUUAUCCAGAUGCAGGACUGAUCAUGUUGGAUGAGGAACUCCAAGGAUGGUGGAGUGAAGUGAGGAACAUAGGGCAUGGAGACAAGAAAGACGAACCAUGGUGGCCUGUCAUCAAAACACAAGAUGACUUGAUCAGUGUGGUGAAAAAGAUUGCAUGGGUGGCCUCUGGUCACCAUGCAGCUGUAAAUUUUGGACAAUACGGAUAUGGAGGAUACUUUCCAAACCGACCAACCACAACAAGGAUAAAAAUGCCAGUGGAAGAGCCAACAGAGGAAGAGCUAAAAGAGUUCUAUGAGCAGCCAGAGAAAGUGUUGCUUAAUACAUUCCCAUCGCAGAAGCAGGCAACGACAGUGAUGGUAACUCUGGAUCUUUUAUCGACUCAUUCACCAGAUGAAGAGUACCUUGGAGAAGAGCCAGAAGCAUUUUGGGCCAACGAACCUGUCAUCUAUGCUGCAUAUGAACGAUUCAAAGGCAGGCUUCAAUAUCUAGAAGGUGUGAUAGAUGAGAGGAACGUGAACGUUUCUCUAAAGAAUAGAGCUGGAGCUGGUGUUGUUAAGUACGAGCUUUUGAAACCCAUCUCUGAACCAGGUGUUACUGGAAUGGGUGUUCCCUAUAGUGUUUCUAUCUAA